GCCCAUUACAAAUCUAUUUUCUGCCAGACCCCCAACACCACAAAUUUACUUCAAAAAGAAAGGGGCUGAAAAAGCUUAGAAUAAUUUUUGAAGGUGACCCUUUAUCGUUUUAUUUAUAGAAAACGUAAAAAGUCCCUGUUAAACAGCUUUUAAGGCUUGUACCCUCUGUUGAAGUUUCCAUCGCAGGUGUAAACAGAAAGUGUUUUUUUGAGAAAAUUCGAAGAAGUCUUUGUUUAGAGUGAUUUUCUUUUGUGGAAAGAAGAAAUUUCUUGAUUUGUCAAACUCUUGACCUCUGAAAAGGAGUAAUCAUUUUUGGAGUGAAGUCUGAAAAGUCUUACAAAAACAGAAAAAUAAAAAAAAAAAGUGGGAAGAGGAGUAAAAGAAGCUACAUAAUAAAACUUGGAAUUGGAAAGCCUUUUCUUCAUACUCAUAUCUUUACCCUUUCCAUUUAAGGGUUUCCAACUUGAAGUACUUGUUUAGAAAGACUUGCCUUUGCAUACUGAAAGAACUGAAAACGCACAAAAAAAAUAUUGAGUUUUCGUAUUUAAUAUAAUCUUCAACAGAUUAUAUCUAUAUGGAUCGUUGUUCUUUUAUUGACCUCUUUGGGAUAGAAAGGAAGUCUGGUUUUUACACCUCUAAUUAACUCUGAAUAACCAUUGCAACAAUACUCUCCCCUUACGAAUUACCAGGAGCAUUUUAUUACCUAUCUUUUGGAACACACGUCUCUCUUUUAGUUUGUUACCGCCAAGUAUAUUCUUGUUUUCUCUUUCUUUUUUUUCUUCCUUCGUUUGUUUUUUUUUUUUCUGUUUGCUUUUUUUUUUGGGCUAUAGUUUUGCUUCAAGUACCCCCUUUUCUUUAAGGCAUUUAUAAAGCUUUAGAAGGCUUAAAGGUCGCUAUGUUUGUUAGUCAUGUUAAGAAAACAAUAUACUCGGGUGUAAACGUUUACGAAUGCAAUAUCAAUGGCAAUUUUUUAAUGAAACGAUGUCAUGACCAAUGGAUGAAUGCUACUCAAAUUCUCAAAAUUGCUGAGUUAGACAAGCCUAGGCGGACAAGAAUUCUGGAAAAGUUCGCCCAAAAAGGGCUACACGAAAAAGUACAAGGCGGUUGUGGAAAAUAUCAAGGUACGUGGGUUCCUUUGGAAAGAGCCCUUGAGCUAGCCCAGGAGUUCGAUGUAUAUUCCAUUAUAAGUCCGCUGCUGGAAUACAGCGAGUCGCAUAUGAAUUCUGCCCAUUUAUAUACACCUCAAAGCAUGCAGAAACCAUCUAAUAAAUCGGUAUCCUCCUACCCCUCCAAUAAUGAAUUCUGCGUGUCACAGCCUUCAUCCGAAUCAUAUUCUUCGCAAGAAUUGCCUUCUGCUCCUAGAAUGCCGGAGUUGUCAAAUUCUUUAAGCCUUCAACCAAAUGUUUCUCAAAGUUCUAUCCUCUCCUCUGUGGAUUUUAAUGAUGCUCUCGGCCUCAAGGAAGUUGUUCCCAACUCAAAGCAUUAUUCCCAAGCCUUAUUAGACUAUUUUUUACUUUCAAAUAAUACCCAACCUCCAGAUUUCGUCUAUGAACGACCGCCCGAUUGGGAUGUCAAUGCUAGUAUUGAUGAAGAUGGCCAUACUGCGUUACACUGGGCAGCUGCUAUGGGAAAUCUGGAGAUGAUGCAUGCGCUCUUACAAGCAGAAGCUAACGUCGUAUCUGUUAAUUACUUACAACAAACCUCCUUAAUGCGAUGUGUUAUGUUUACGAUGAAUUAUGAUCUUCAAACGUUUGAGCUUGUAUCAGAGCUUCUACAGUCUGCUCUUUGUAUGACAGAUAGCUUUGGCCAGACCGUUUUCCACCAUAUAGCACUUUUGGCGUCUUCAAAAUCCAAGAUGGAAGCUGCUCGCUAUUACAUGGAUAUUUUGCUUCAGAAUUUAACUUCAACACAAUCUGUUGAAGUUGCAACGCAAAUACUAAACGUGCAGGAUGAUCGUGGAGACACAGCUCUACUCAUUUGUGCUAGAAACGGUGCUAAAAAAUGCGCAAGGCUGCUCAUGGCUUUUUACGCUUGCGCAACGAUUCCAAACAAUCAAGGUCAAUAUCCUUCUGACUUCUUAACUUCAAAAGAGAUGGAGUUUCCUUUGGAGCAAGAAGCUACGAAGGGAUUCUUCGACGAUAUUACGGCAGAAGGUGCCUUACGGUCUUCGACAAAUAAGCAUCCUUCUUUUUUGAAAAAUUCAUUGAUGAAAAAUGCCUUACCGAAUGUUUUAUCAAGAAUUAAAGAGUUGACGAAAUAUCAUGAAAGCUCACUCUCGGAUAAGCAGACCACGUUCAGUUUGGCAACGGAGGUAUUAGAGCAAACAGUUCGCGAAAGUGAAACAAGCCAAAGAUUGUGGAAUGAAGCUACCCAUAAUGAGCCAAACUUCCUCUCAAAUCAAAGAAAUGAGUUAAAAAGUACGUUAUUGCAUUUGCUUGAAUUGAUGAGAGCUGCAACUUAUCAAAUAGAAACGUUUCAAGCACUUCAAUUAAGCAAGUACGUCUCCUAUUUUUCUCAGAUUUGGGGAGAGAAUGAUGAACUGGACUUAGUUGGAAGCCAUAAAAUUUCCAAAGUUUCCUCAGGCUCUCGUAUGGAGCUUGAAAAAGACCCCUCUGGACACGAAAGGCAAAGGAUGGAACUUGGAAAACAACUUGCUAUUUUACAAAAAAGAAGAAAAGAAAAGAUUAAAGACAUUUUGGAUAUGAUAUCGUUGGAUACAAUGAGUUCUUCUAGAGCUAAAUAACUUGCGACGAUUUUUACGUUUUGGAAAAUUUCAGGUUAUAAACUUCAAUCUUUUCUUAAAAUGCUUUAUAAAUUAUUUAAGAUGGAUUCACGAAUCUCUCUUGAUACAGAGCGUGUAUUGUACUAAUAUUCAUCAUUUUUUAUUAGGUUUUUGUAUAGGUUUAUAUAUUAUUAUUUUUUGUUUUAUUUUAUUUUUCUUGUUCUUUUGUCUUGUUCCUUAAUAGGCGAACGUAAAUCUCGACGUAUAACAAAAAUUGACAAAUUAUACUGAUUUCAAGUUUCGUAUUAACCAGCAGUACCAACCAAUUUACAAGUAUGUUGUAAGAAUAAUUAUUUAUAACUCCAAAUUGAUGCCCGCAUCAUGAAGAUUCUGCUUUGCCUUCUGAAGCCAUUGGUCUCGUUCAUCAUCAGAAGUUUCAUUUUUGGCGAGUUCAAAACACAGCAUUCCAGAAUAUUCAUACAAAGCUUUAUUUUGGUUAAACGGAGGAGAAAGCAUAUAUUCAUUCAACGCAUUCAUCGCUCUUUGGUAUUCCUGUCUCUGAAUUAGCAGUAAUAUGUAUGCAGGGAAAAAUUGCUCAGACUAAAAAGAUCUCAUUAGCUUAUGUUAAUUAAAAGAAAAAGAAAUACUUAAUCAAUCAAUCAUAUAUAAAUAAACACUUACCGUUAAGGAACGC